AUGGAGCCUAUGGAAGAAACCUAUGAUCCGCCCGAGGGCUAUACCUCCUUGGACUGCCCAAACUCCCCCGAAAACAAAACUCUCACCUGCCCCUAUAAGCACGAGUACAACUGGCACAAGGGUCCUUACAUUUGCGGCGAGUGUGGUCACAGCUUCGCAGCUGCUCCUGCCCUUGACAGACAUGGACGUGCGAGCGGUCAUCAAGUCGAGUGGGAAUGCCGCGACGAUGAGUGUGAGAAGUUCAGGGAGAAGUUUGCUACCAGUGCUCUUUAUCUCGAGCAUCUUCGGGACUCGUCGAGUCACGGAUGUGGUGAAGGAAGCGAUGAGGCUAAGAAUGCCACGUCUGCUUUCUCGCCCUCGACCAACUCCGCUACCCAGGAUACUGAAGACGACAUUUUUGGCCCGUCUGUUCAAAUUGCUUCUUCCAACGGAAACAUUUGUAAUGAGCCCUGCUGCUAUCGCUAUGGCACGGAUUACAGGUACAAGUCCAAGUUCAACCGCCACGAAGACACUGGCACCCACCAGAUUGCGAGCAGACUGAGCCAGGUUCUUUUAGCCAACACUCCUGCUGACGAGGUUGGGGCUGAGCAGGAAGCCAUACGUGCCUUACGAUGUAACUGGUCUGACUGUUUGCUGUUCGGAAAGACUUUCAAGAAUGCCAGGGGAUUUUACCGUCACCUCCAGGAGGAGGAUCAUCGUAACGGGUGGGAUAUCAAAUUCCAGGAAGAUAGUUUCGAGUACAACAGCGACAACGAGCCCUUGCCUGGAAUUUCUUUUUACGUUGACGGUCGAAAGGGAAUGUGUGUCAACAACAAAUGCCCCCGGGUUGGUAUGAAGUUUGACUCGUUCACGGCUAUGAAGCAGCACAGCAGAUCUUUUGAUCAUUCCCUGACAGAAGAGGAUCUAGCCUCAACAGACGCCGAAGAGUCUGGUGAUGAGAUUUGGAAGACGAGCGAUGUCUAUGGCAUGGAAGUUACCGAAGAUGAAGGCCUCUGGAAGUGUGCCAAGCAAGGAUGCAAAGGCUACCAGAAGAUCAUGAGCAACAUGGCCAACGUCAGGAUGCACUUCAAUUCAGCUGCGCACCUCAACGCGGCGGACGAGGUCAACUCUUCCGAUGACACCCAUGAGGAGCUGGAUGGAAUGGAGUUUUCCAAAGACAGUGGUUGGCUUUGCGUCAGACCAGGUUGCAAAAAACUCGGGACUACUUAUCGCAUUCUCUACAACGCGAAGCGGCACUUCUCGAGCGAGAUCCACGUCAUGGCUGAAGAGGAGAGCUCUGAUGGUGAGUCCGAAGAAGAGCUUGAUGGCGUGGCGUACUCGGAGGAACUAGCCGCCUGGGUUUGUACAAAGAAUGCCUGUAAGCGUUAUGGCCAUCGCUUUGCUUAUGUUGGCUUCGCCCGGCAGCAUGCUCGAUGCACUAGUCACUUGAAGGCUGGCGAAAUCACCGCCACCCCGCGUCGUAUCAAGCACUAUUCAAUCGACUCUCCCCUUACGCCUAUCGAGAUGGAUGGCUCGACUAUUCAUGUAACCCCCGGAAGCCCCUCUGCUGGUCGAGGCCUUAACCUCGUGCGACGCCCAGCUGGUAUUUCUGAGAACAGUCCUGCCACCCGUGCCCCGGGAAAGAUUCGAAUUCGGCGAUCAUCUGGUGCCAAUUCGCGCAAUGAGAAGCGCAUCGUGGAGCUCGAGAAGGAAAACCAGCAGUUGAAGGAGCGCGUUACGAAGCUGGAAGGAGAAGUGUUUGGACCGAAGAGUCCGAGUGGCCCUCAAUCAGGUCUGCUUGCUCCACUUGCUGCUCAGGUAUCUAACGCCUCUUCUUCAUCUCUGUCUUCCCCUACUUCGUCUAGACAGAUGGAAAACUUGGCUCAGUAUGUGCAAGACGAGUUUCGUCUUGAUGUGCCUAUGGAAGUCGAUGAAUCUGAUGAUAUGAGGAAUCCGGCCAAGUAUUGA